AUGGGGUCGAGCUUCGAGAUGUCUCAGGCCAGUCGCAUUUUGGUCGUGGGCGCGGGUGGGUCGGGCAAGUCGACCUUGGUCAAAGUCCUGAUCGGGAAGCUCAAGCUGACCGAGGGCGCAAUCCAGCGGGCUGUCGGAAUCAGAGUGGCCUACGUCUGCCAGCACGUGUUUCGCCAGCUCGAGGAUCGCAUGCACAUGACCCCGCUUCAGUACAUGAUGUGGCGCUUCGCUGGUGGUAACGACAGGGAGAGUGCAGAGCUCCAGAGAAGUCAAAAGCCCAGGUUGCCUACGCGGGAGGGCAUUGAGCAGCAUUGUAGUGAUUUCGGCGUCGACCAGGAGUCCGUAAACCGCCUGCACAUCAAGCAGCUCAACAAGAGCAUGAGGUUCAGGCUCGUGCUGUCGGCCGCGAUGUGGCCGAACCCUAACCUGCUCGUCCUGGACGAGCCCGCCAGCUGCCUGGACCACUGCAGCCUCGAGGCCCUCGCGGCCGCGAUCGAGGCCUACAAGGGCGGCGUGCUGAUCACCGCCCACACCGGGACGCGCACUACUUCGAGGCAGCUGCCACGGAACGGUACGUUCUGCAGGGCGGCCGCCUGCAUGCCGCCGCGCGGGGGGGCGUGGACGGCACUACCGGUGCGAGCGCAGCGGAUGUCGGCGGGCCCACGGCUGAACCAGAAUUCACUGCUUGACGCGUGUUCGAGAUCCGUGCCUUCCCCGCGUCCUGGGAGCACUGGGCAGUGA